CGGUCAUGUGAUCAGCUGUAUCCAAUCACAGCUGAUCACAUGGAACAUGUACACUGAUCAUCAGAGCACUGUUGAUCAGUGUGCCCUGAUGAUCAGUGUAGCCCGAGCAGUGCCACCUGUCAGUGCUCAUCAGUGCCACGUGCCAGUGCCCAUCAGUGCCACAUCAAUGCCACAUAUCAGUGCUUACCAGUGCACAUCAAUGCCACAUAUCAGUGCCCAUCUGAGCUGCCUUUCAGUGGCACGCAUUAGUGCCAGUCAGUGCCACCUAUCAAUGCCAAUCAGUGCCACCUAUCAGUCCUGCCCAUCAGUGCCGCCUAUCAGUGCCAGUCAG